AUGGUAGAACGAUUUAAUCAGACAUUGGAAAGGUACCUGGCAGAAGUUGUGGAAAAAUGGCAACGAGACUGGGACAGGCACAUACAACCGUUUUUGUUGUCAUAUCGAAGCGCUGUUCACGAAAGUACAUCAGUGACGCCAGUUUUCGCAAACUUUGGGAGAGAAUUAUGGCUGCCUGCAGACCUGAUCACCGGAAUACCACCUGAUGCCCCAAGGAGUAUAACCGAUUAUGCAAAUGACUUGCGGAACCGCAGAAUGCACAACAAAGGGUUUGACGAAGGUUCACUAGUGUGGUUACACAAUCCAGCUCGCAGCAAAGGGAAAUCUCCUAAGCUUCAAGCUAAAUGGGACGGACCGUACCAGAUUGUGACAAGGAUCAAUGACGUAACCUACCGGAUACAGAAAGGUGCCAGAGGUACUCCUAAGAUCGUCCAUGUGGAUCGACUGGCGCGUUAUUAUAGGGCCAAUAAUGCUCAGGACGAGCAUGUCUUAGGGGGGGGCAGUGUUGCGCGCCACUAUUAA